GUCAGGAAGCACGAGAAAAACAUGCCCUUUUUCGUGUGAAGAUUACGCUUUGCCGCUGUGAAUUGGUUCGGAAAGAGUUCUGCAGAAAACCCACAAAGUCGCGUUUGCCAUUUCCCCCGGAACGUUAAAGUGCCACCCUUCCAUGACGAUAGAGUUUGUCAAAUGUUGGAAUCAACUCGAGUCCUCUCGCCAACCAUCCAUAAAAACGCAUCGAGAUACGCACAUCCCAACGUGAUCGCCACUUGCUGGGGCACACGCUCGGUGAAAACGCUCCGCCCGGAAGCUUAUGACGCCGGUGGGUAUAGGUAGAAGUAAUGAAAAAUGGCUACCAGGCGGCCGCGGGUCAAGGUCGCUGCCAAUCUCAGCAUACGCAGGCCAUCGAAACCUACCGGCAAGCCUGCAGCCGAACUAAAGAACGCGACGGUUGAAGCGUGCGAUGAGACACCGGCAGUUGAACCGGAAACUCCAGCCACUGCAACCCACGACGAACCGCCGGCUGUUGCAUCACCGUUGCAACAUGUGGCUCCCGCCCAGUCCGAAGAGAAGCCAGAGGAGGAGAAACAACACUUUAAACUACCAAUGCCGGUCGAUAGCAAUGCCAAAAACAGCAGCAGCUCGGUCAGUUCGUUCACCGGCACUGAAACCCCGGCAACAACUGCGAGCAUCAGUCAGGAGGAACCGAUGUCACCGAGAAAGCAAGAUGUACGUUUUGGCUACCCUAUGCAGUUGGCACGCAAGCGAAUCCGUACGGAAUCGCUAACGUCCAACAAAUCCCUCCCCGAUGGAGUCACGGUGAACAGAGUAGCCCGGAAGAUAGCGACCAAGCAAGAAGAAUCGCAGCGAACGCUCGAGAAUAAGAAGGAGAUCCGGAAGCGCUUAACGAACAUCGAAAAUGUUGACAAACAGAACCUCACCAUGUUUGACAUGAUUUACUACAAUCCGGUCAACAAUCCCAUGGAACCACCGCCUUCGCUCAGCAAGCGUACCUCGGUCGAGAACAUUCCAAAGUCGAUCGAUGGUAGCCAGCGAGCGGGGUCACGCAGUCGCACGGCUAGCAAAUCACGGUCUCCUACUCCUGCGCCAUCAACUUCUGCACCGCCUGCAAAGGAAACACCGGCUCCUCCUGUUCAGCUAACGCCACAACUGAAGCUUGGGCCGAACGGUGAAAUCAUACUGGACGAAGCAAGCCUGGUGAUCGAGAAUGAGCGUGACAAAGAGUUUCGUGAAACGCUAGCCAACUCCGAUGUUCUUUAUCAGGACGAGUUUAGUGGCAACUCUGGCUAUUAUACACGCAUCAAACGGACGAAGGGUUGGAGUGAUGAGGAAACGAUACGCUUCUACCGCUGCCUACACACGAUUGGAACCGAUUUUUCAAUGAUGCUCAGUUUGUUCCCCAACCGCACCAGGCGCGACAUGAAGCUCAAGUUUAAAAAAGAAGAGCGUCAUAAUUUGCAAUUGGUCAAUAAGGCACUCAAACACCCGAAACAGUUCAAUAUUGCCGAGCUUCGGCAACAGUUCGAGCAAGAAGACGAGGAACUUGAACGCAAAAAGGCGGAAAAGCAGCAGUGUCUCGAGGAAGAGAACAAAAAGCGUCGCAAUGAGCAGCUACAGCGAAAAUUGUUGUUAAGCCAAUCAAAGACCCGGUGCCCUCAGAAACGACUCAGCCGUUCACAACGUACGCUCACCGAUGCUCACGAGCAGCUGCGGGAUGGUGAAUCCCCAAAUGCGUCAUUACCGCAAUCGCCAAUACCACCGGAAAGUGACGAUCCACCUGCACCUGCUGCACAACCGCCAACCGAGUUGGCGUCAGAGAUCGUUCCGGCCAAACGAGUAAGCAAAAAGUCACGUAAAGCACUGGAAGCUGAAGCUCUCGUCGAAGAUUCCGAAACAGAUCUAGAAGAUGAUCAACAAUCAGCUAGCGAAACCCAACGCGCUACUAAGAGGGAUAUGAAACGAACAAUGCCUACGUGUAACAAAUCACUUAAAAAUAUGGAUAGUUUGGACAACGGUCAGGAAGCGCAUGUAGAACCAACACAUGAUGCGAAACGCGCUAAAAGGAUUCGUAACAUCUCACAGAAGGCAGUGGAAGACUCUUUGUAUGGCAAGGAGAAUGACAAUGAUCAAGUGGCGAAUGCGACAUCGCAGCCAACCGAGACAGAAAACUCGCCUCCGCCUUUACCCGCCGUGAACCAGCAUAAACGAGUUCGAAAACUAUCCCAGAAGGCAUUGGAAUCUGGUUCGUAUGCGUAUAUUAACGAUGAUAAUCAAGAAGAAACUUCCGAACCUCCGCUACUCACCAACAAGUGCGACGAUGUCCAUAUACCAUCGAAACCGGUAUCAAAGAAACCACGCAAAAAAUUGGAACCAACUCUGUUCACAAAGGAGUCAUCCGAUGACCAGAAGCCGAAGGAAGAAGAUCAGUCCUUAAUGCCUGCUGGCGAUGAGUCAUUGAUGGAUUGCAAGCGAAGUCAGCGAGUGCGCAAGAUGUCGCGCAAGGCGCUAGAAGCCAGUCUUUGUGCGGAGGAAUCAGAUGAUAAUGAUCCAAAAUCGAACAACGAUUCACAGCCCUACAUCCCUAAUGGUGGAAUGGGGUCGACAAACACAUCGUCAGCGUUGCUAGAAACAGAAACGGUUGAAGAAUUGCCCUACCCACCGCCAGUUUACGUUGAACGUCACACCGCGUCAGUGCAGGAGGAUCUGGAACCCGACUCCACAUCUGUGAUAACGCUUCAAAAUCUCGACGAUCAAAGCCGAACGACCUGUCGCCGCCGUGAGGACUGUAGCCUGCUGGGUGAAAUAGCCCCGGUACCGAUUGAGCUGACACCGGUUGCGGCCAUGAAGUACGAAGUCGAAGCGGAUCUCACUUACUUACCCUUGCCAGCCAAUAAUGCACCAGUGGCCAAUCCCGUCAAGACGGAAUCCUAUACCAAAGUACAAUCUUCGCUGGCGGAAAAUGUCUUUAAUAGGCAACACACACGCGAGCCGUUGGCCUUUGAUGCGAUGCUUUCAGCGGCACAGAUGGGAAUCGAGGAAAAUGUUGAGCCAGUUGGGCAAACCAGUGAUGCUUCCAGUGAACCGUAUUACGAGACCACUUCGACCGAGCUGCUGGAUGUAACUAGUGCAGCCAGUGCUGUCGGUCACUCGAUACUGCUUCAAAAGAUAGAACCGAAUACCUACAGUACGCUAGAAGCGGAAACAACCGUUCAAACAGAGGAGGAAGUGCAACAGCAGGCCCAUUCUGCUGCGAAACAAACGAUUGUUGUCAAAAGCGUCGAUAUUAAUGAUAGUGAUGGUCAUUUCACUAUCGAAACGGACGAGAACGCUGGGACAGAAGGCAACGAAAGCUUCACCAGUGAUGCAGACGGUGGUUCCCUAGCGCAGCCCCAGGAUCGGUUGGAUGUGGCAUUUAAACUUCGCGAUCAAGCCCCUUGUGCUGAUUCUCCGUCCCCAUACUCCUGGCAUACACCAGCGUCCGUUGGUCAAUCACCGGUCAAAGCCAACGUUGACACAGCCGAAUCAAAGCCAACGUUGACACAGCCGAAAGAAAUAGCAGAGGAUCACAACGAUGGUAUUGCGGAACAGAGGCAAUAUGACGGUGAAGAUGACGACGAUGAAGCCGACGCCGGCGGUUUCUCACUCGAAAACAUCGAUAUUAACUCGCUGGUGCUGGUGGAGAGUCAGGAUGUUAACGAACCGAACAAAACGAUCUACGAGAUCUACGUCGUAGUGCCGGAAACGGGGCAGCUGAGCGAGAAGCCGCUCGACGUACCACCGGAUGUGAUCGAAAGUAUUCGACAGACUCUGGAGGCUGGCGAUGAUGGGACACAAGAUGGUUAGU